GACUAGUCACGACUAGCUAGUGCGGAUGCGCGAGUGCGCGCACCGAGACCACUAGUUUUGAGUAGUACGUAUUAUAUUAUUAUCAAAAGGACAAGAUCUUAAACAUAUAUAUAUUUAUAUAUAAACAUAUCCGCUUCUUUGCUGUUCGUUUUGAGUGUUCCUGUCGAUAGCAGUAGUGACAUUGAUCUUGAUCGUAGUGAACUGAGAGAGAGAGAGAGAGAGAGGAAACAAAACAGUGACACCAUGGCAAUAAAACGUGACAGGAAAGUCUCUCACCAUACAGAGCAAGUUACGGCCUCACCCCUUUCUUCUUCUUUUACUCCUUCAAAAAUAUCGAAUCUAUCUUUGUAUAUUUGCUUUUUUCACCUGAUAGCAUUCAUUCUUUUAGCUUUUGGCACCUACACUGACACCUUCGAAAUUCAGUACGGUUGGAAUACAUAUUUUGGUAAAUUUAAAUACCUCACAUACUGGAAUAUAUGGAUACAAACGUUAUAUUUUGUCAUUUCUUUACUGUAUGACCUCAUGAAAUGGCGAAGCGUGAACAAAUACGAUCAAAACAAGGUAAGACAGCUGCAGAUCGUCAUAGAUCACGUUCAUGCUACUAUAGUUUUCCCAGUCGGAAUUUUUGUGGUGAUCACAUUCUGGUUAAUUUAUCAUUUCGAUCGUGAGUUGGUGUUUCCUUCUUUCCUUGAUGAAAUCGUUCCAGGUUGGUUGAACCAUAUCUUGCACACUUUACCAUUGGUCCUUCUCUUUUUGGACAAGUACCUCGUCCCUCAUUGUUAUCCUCCCAAACUUCGUGGAAUUGGUUACACAUUCUGCUACACUAGCAUCUACGUGGUAUGGAUCCUUUUCCUGGCCUUCGCUAAAGGUAUUUGGGUUUACCCGAUCCUUCAAAUCUUAAAUAAUCAACAGAGAUUUGUCUUCAUAGCUCUUCUAUGGUUGUUUGGAAUCAGCAUUUACCUAGUCGGAGAUGGUUUUACCUGUUUCAUGUGGAGGGCUUCAGCCCAACCUAUGAAGACCAGAAAGAAUAAAGUCAAAUAAAUGAACAAUUACAUAAAUUGAAUGACUCUUAACAUUCCAUAUAUACAUACAUACACACACACACACACACACACAUAUAUAUAUAUAUAUAUGGGAGAAUGUACGAAAAAAAACAACAACAGACGAGGACAAGUGGUGUAAACAACAAAAGGAUGUAUUAGUAUGACGCUCGGGAAUACGGAAAGUCUUUUACGUUUCGAGCUACGCUCUUCAACAGAAAGAAUACGGAGACAAGGAGAAAAACACGGAGAAAAAAAAUUGAAGAGUGUCCAAAAACAAACAAACAAAAAAAUGAAAUGAACAAAUCAAAAGAAGAAACAAUUUUUUUUAAUUAAAAAAUUCCGUAUUUGUUUUCAUGGAAGUAUGACAUUUUUUAUAACAAAUUAAUUUAACAAUUAAACGUCUCAUUAAUGCUAAA